CCGUCACUGCGCAGGCGUGCCGGAAGUCCCGUCAGUGCAGCGCGAGAGCUGAGAGUCAGACCGGAACCUGAGCGGAUCCUUGGUGGAAGUUCACGGAGUCUUCGGUAGCUAUGCUGUCCCCGGAGGCAGAGCGGGUGCUGCGAUACCUUGUCGAGGUGGAAGAGCUCGCCGAGGAAGUGCUGGCGGAUAAGCGGCAGAUUGUGGACCUUGACACCAAGAGGAAUCAGAAUCGAGAGGGCCUGAGGGCCCUACAGAAGGAUCUCAGCCUCUCUGAAGAUGUGAUGGUUUGCUUUGGGAGCAUGUUUAUCAAGAUGCCUCACUCUCAGACGAAGGAAAUGAUCGAGAAAGAUCAGGAUCACCUGGAUAAAGAAAUAGAAAAACUCCGGAAACAACUUAAAGUGAAAGUCAACCACCUCUUUGAGGCUCAAGGCAAGCCGGAGCUGAAGGGCUUUAACUUGAACCCACUCAAUCAAGAUGAGCUUAAAGCUCUCAAGGUCAUCUUAAAAGGAUGAGACUCCAGUACUUUUGGGGCCUGUGACUAGCAUCUCCCCUGCCAUCGUGGAGGAUCCAGUACCUUAGGCCUUGAAACCUGGAAGGACAAGAUUGGCUCUGCAGGGGCACAGACAUCAGGAAUCUGGCUGUGGUUCCCACACAAAGCUUCUGUCACAGUGCUUGGCUACUCUGCAGCAAGCAGUAGGGGUCCCUCAGCCUUUCCCUGUGGACUGUGCCUGACCACUGGUGCUCGGGGACACAAGACCUAUUGACAGUGCCUGGCAGCCACCAGUAGGUGUGGGUGUGAGAAUGGCUGCAGCAGGCGCUUCUCAACAGUGGCCUGCUGUCUGUAUGGGCUCUGCAAGAGGAUGAGGGAUGGGAGAUGGGAGAGGGUGGAGUGGGAGCCUCUGGUCAGCAUUCCUCAGAACGGAGAGGUGGUUUGGGAGAGCGAGUGGUGAGUGCAGUAAAGCAGGAGGCAGGCAAGUGACCUCUGCAGGAAACACAGACUUUGGGUGCUCCGUGUUCACACAGCUAUCUAGGGGCAGGCACAUUCCCCCAGUGCCUCCACUCUGGCCUUGUUCCUGCUGCUUCCAAGCCCCUGUGACUGCUCUUAGAUUGGGUGAUCCUUGCAGAGGUGACUCAGGAAGAUCUAGCAGGUUACCCCUUACUGCUGCUUUGCGAAUGUCCUCCCUGCCUUCCUGGUCUGAGAUCCUGGUGUUUGGGCUGCGGGGAGAGAACUGUUCUGUAUGCUCUUUGAGGGCUCAGUAAAUGUUACUUAAGUGAACAG